UACUGGGUCACCUGAAGUGCUAUACUCUGAGAUGACACUCUACUAGUUGAGAGGGCAUGGCAAUGGGUGCGUGAGGAACGUGGACUAUAUAGUGUAACAUUCUCAGGGGAUACCACACAACGCCUGAGAAAUGGGUGGCAAUCACAUUUGAUACAAGAGGAGGGAAGCACCAGCUCGUUGAGUCAAGAUCCCAUGAGUGGUGUCCAGGAUCCAGUGAAGGGACUGAUGGUGUUCCGCGGCCAGAAACCUUUCUCCGACUGGCACAGCUUGCAGUCAGUCGUGAGCUGUUGUGUUGUAAUGUGUUGGCUGGUGUUGUUGGUGCUGGUGGCGCCGCUGGUGGCCACCUCACGCAUCACCUCUGACACAAUUAAUCUGGGAUCCCUGACCGUCUGCUACUGGAGGGAGUUGACCCGCUGCUGCCCAUACUACUACACACACUUUAUUUAUUACGCAGGCGUUGGCAGGAGGCGGUGGCCGCUGCUGAGCAAUGCUGGUAUGAGUCAACAAGAACUGCAGGAAGCAGGUGAGGAGCGGCGCGCGCGCCGGGAGAGGUUCCGUGACCGCCAAAUGGAACGAGACACUCGCCGCCUGCCUUAACGAAUUCACAGUGGUUCAGGAACCGUUUUAUGGAAAAAGAAACCCACGGUCAGACUUAAGGAACCCACAGCAGCUCCUUGACUGAUAGAUGGAAAAGCAGAUCUCCUGUAAGUUUUAACUAACCCAGGAUGGUUUCGAUUCCAGGAGAAGGAAGGGGGGGAACCCAUCGUCAGCCUUAACAAACCAACAGUGAUUCCAGGACUCUGAGAUGAAACGAGACAUCAAUCAUAACCCUUAACGAUCCCACUACGGUUCCGGAACCAGGAGAUGGAACAAAAGAACCGACAUCAUUUUAAAUGAACCUCACCCACAAGUCCAAUCUACGUCCUAGUCCUCCUAAUCUAGCAACACUCUUGACAUCCAGUCAAGGUCCCGACCACCAUCACCUGUCAUGCUCAAUUGACACAGAGUCCACUUCAACACAGCUACCUCCAGUGCCAAUUGUUGUCUUCAUCCAUUUUCCCAAAUUUUCGUUCUCACAAGCACAUGAUCAUCCCAUCCAUAAACUCGUUUCAUUUCAGAAGUUCUUGCUUCCAUGCAACCAUCUGAUCCAGGCUUCAUCUGCAGACCGAUAUCUAGGUGAACCUGUUGUAUAUCCGUACUUAACAUACGAUAUUUACAAAGGUGUAGGAUUGUUCAGUAUGUUUACCGUUUCCGCACUCUUAAAAUAUUAAAAACAUUUUUAGUGUAAGUACAAAGUGAGACUUCACAGCCUCUUCAACAUAAAACGUCAAAAUCGUUAAAAUAUGAAUAAAAUAUAAAUUUAGCUUUAUUCAUUUACAGAUUUUAAUUGAAUGUCUGUCUACGGCAAAUAUAUAAUCAGCGUUAGUUGUACUUCAAUUAUUUUGCGCAUUUUCGUGAAUAUUUUGAACAUUACUUAGGUUUUAAGUAUAUUAAAUGUGUUGGUGGGACCAUACCCUCCUUGAAUAAGUUCAUGUUUUCUAAAUGAUCUAACAUUUAUCCUUAAAUGGUUAUCCAUCAUAAGUAUUUAAAUCAGUUGCUGUUCACUUUGUGAAUGAGUACUUUGAUGCUGUGAAGAGCACCUGAUUUAGUCUUCCCACUCUAAACAAGUCUGAUUAUAAUUAUCUCCCAUUAACCAGAUGCUAUGACA